AUGGCCGCCAUGCAAAUCAAGAAGACACUCCUCGACCUCAACGAUGACUGUCUCUCCGAGAUUUAUCGCGCGUUGCAGACGAAGGAAUUCAUCCCAAUCAAGUCGUCCUUUAUAAUCGUCAACGAUCAACAAGCAAACCCUUUCACGGCACUGAAGUGCUUCUCCGUCACUUGCAAGCGCCUGCGACGCGUUUCGUCGCCAUUCGUCUUCAAAGGUAUCAGAAUCGGCCACAACUGGGAAUGGGAUCGGGUAGGUCGCGCACUAGUCGACAUUUCUGAGAACUCAUCGGCUGCGAAAUAUGCCACGACUUUCGUUCUUGAUACCGGUGCUGAGCACACGACGCGUGUGAACAAGCACGGAGGAACCUUCAUAAGCCGCAAGGAGCAGUCUACGAAGCCAAGUGUCGAUCUUGCACUAGCGUUUGGCACUGCCUUGCGCAAGAUGGCCAAUCUCGAGGAUUUGGCCUUGGCCGUAGAGCCCUGGAAAGUUUUCGAGGAAAAUGUGCCAAAAACGGCCCUGGAUCAGCUCUCGAUUAAGCGUGUCACCCUCGGCGUCUGGAUGGGAUCUUGGAUCUGCGAUCUGUGCCCACAAUUGCAGGACAUACACCUUGAAUCGUGGGAGGAGUCACUGGAGCUGCUUGGGGACAGAGCAUUGCUCUCGCUGCCUUCCCUAAGAAACCUCAAUCUGCACAUCUACUGGACCAAUUUCAUGGUCUCAACUCUUUCCCGCAAAGCUCCUCAACUCGAGGUUCUAAACCUGUCAAGAUACGGUGACCCGAUCCACAGCCUCCCUCCUAUCUUGGCGCGCUUUCCGAACCUGAGAGAGCUCUAUCUAAGCAGCACGAUUGAACUCUACAACAACCUUCCGCAGCCUCAGCGUGCGCCUCUCGGACCAGACAAGAACAGCGCGCUCAAAGAUUUUUGCGUGCAAGUAAGCACAGCCUUGUUCAAGGAGUGCAAAGCACUGAAGUCGCUCGACUUCAAGGAGCUCGACUUCCAGGACGGCUAUUACGUGGAGAAGAGGCAACGCUCUGAUGGGAGCGUCAACUUCGACCUGAGUUACACGAAGUCACGCAAAGGUGAAUUUGACGGACUGCGCCGAGAUGGUUCAUCCCUUUAUUGA